GGCGGCCAUUUUGUCUUGUCGGCUACUCUGGAGGAGAGGCUUUUGGGCCUGAGAGGGGGCCGAGGAGGUUGGCGGCGGUGUCGCCGGCGUUGUCGUUGGUGGGUGCCAGGGCUGGUGAGAGUAGCCGCCCGCAGGAAGCACCAUGAUUUCGGCCGCGCAGUUGUUGGAUGAGUUAAUGGGCCGGGACCGAAACCUCGCCCCGGACGAGAAGCGCAGCAACGUGCGGUGGGACCACGAGAGCGUUUGUAAAUAUUAUCUCUGUGGUUUUUGUCCUGCGGAAUUGUUCACAAAUACUCGUUCUGAUCUUGGUCCAUGUGAAAAAAUUCAUGAUGAAAAUUUACGAAAACAAUAUGAAAAGAGUUCUCGUUUUAUGAAAGUUGGCUAUGAGAGAGAUUUUUUGCGAUACUUACAGAGCUUACUUGCAGAAGUAGAACGUAGAAUCAGACGAGGCCAUGCUCGUUUGGCAUUAUCUCAGAACCAGCAGUCCUCUGGGGCAGCUGGCCCAACAGGCAAAAAUGAAGAAAAAAUUCAGGUUCUAACAGACAAAAUUGAUGUACUCCUGCAGCAGAUUGAAGAAUUAGGAUCUGAAGGAAAGGUAGAGGAAGCCCAGGGAAUGAUGAAAUUAGUUGAACAGUUAAAAGAAGAGAGAGAAUUGCUUCGAUCCACAACCUCAACAAUUGAAAGUUUUGCUGCCCAAGAAAAACAAAUGGAAGUUUGUGAAGUGUGUGGAGCCUUUUUGAUAGUAGGAGAUGCCCAGUCCCGGGUAGAUGACCAUUUGAUGGGAAAACAACACAUGGGCUAUGCCAAAAUUAAAGCUACUGUAGAAGAAUUAAAAGAAAAGUUAAGAAAAAGAACUGAAGAACCUGAUCGUGAUGAGCGUCUAAAAAAGGAGAAGCAAGAAAGAGAAGAAAGAGAAAAAGAGCGGGAGAGAGAAAGGGAAGAAAGGGAAAGGAAAAGACGAAGAGAAGAGGAAGAAAGAGAAAAAGAAAGGGCUCGUGAUAGGGAAAGAAGAAAGAGAAGUCGUUCACGAAGUAGGCACUCAAGCCGAACUUCUGACCGAAGGUGCAGCAGGUCUCGGGACCACAAAAGAUCACGAAGUAGAGAAAGAAGGCGAAGCAGAAGUAGAGAUCGACGAAGAAGCAGAAGCCAUGACAGAUCAGAAAGGAAACAUAGAUCUCGCAGUCGGGAUCGAAGAAGGUCGAAAAGCCGGGAUCGAAAGUCAUAUAAGCACAGGAGCAAAAGUCGGGACAGAGAACAAGAUAGAAAAUCCAAGGAAAAAGAAAAGAGGGGAUCUGAUGAUAAAAAAAGUAGUGUGAAGUCCAGUAGUCGAGAAAAACAGAGUGAAGACACAAACAUUGAAUCGAAGGAAAGUGAUACUAAGAAUGAGGUCAAUGGGACCAGUGAAGACAUUAAAUCUGAAGUGCAGCGUAAGUAUGCACAGAUGAAGAUGGAACUAAGCCGAGUAAGAAGACAUACAAAAGCAUCUUCUGAAGGAAAAGACAGUGUAGUCCUGCAAAACAUUUUGAGCGUUGGUGUUGUGAGCGGCCCAUGAAAAGCCAAAUUAAAAAUCAAGGAUUCAGUCAAACUAAGCAGGACUACUGUUCGAAGAUUUUUGGAAGAAUACUGAACACGGCAUAAAGUGAAGAUCGACAUUAAAAUGAGGUGAAAGAAAGCUAUAGUGGCAUAGAAAAAGUAUAAAAGCUCAGUUAGUUUUUUUUUUUUUUAAUUAAGAAUUAAUUCAGGACUGAUGUGACCUACCAGAUUUCAGAACAUGUAUUAAUAGCAUAUAUGCCACUGAAAACUUAGGUCUUGUAUCAUACUUUUUCUUUAAGACUUUUUAAGAAAUAUUACCUAAAGAUGUGGCUUGCUCAGUGUUUAAUUGCAAGUUUUCAUUCUUGGACUUUGAAAACACGAUUAAACGUUAGUAUUUGUGUGAAUCAGACUAAAUGGGAUUCCAUUUUUACAACUCUGCUCUACUUAGCCUUUGGAUUUAGAAGUAAAAAUAAAGUAUCUCUGACUUUCUGUUACAAA